AUGGAGAGCCCGCACGAACACCAGCAGAGCUUAUUGCUCUCUCGUAUCAUCACAAACGUGGAGAAGCUGAAUGAGGCAGUCAUGGUGCUCAAUAAGAGCCUGCAGGAGAUCAAUGUUCAGAAUAUGAAUGUGGAGCUGGUCGCGCAAAUGUUCAAGAACUACCAGUCCAACGUCUUGUUCCAUCUAGAAGCCACCGACAGCCUCAAAGAGCCUUCAUGA